AUGUCUUCUGCACAGUGCCUGCUACUUGCGUUGCUGGCAUCCUUGGGCUCCGUGACCGCGCCUGCUUUACGGACAGACCAGAUAACGCCGGGGUUCUCAGGCCAUGCUUCGCAUUCUCCGUAUAACGUAAGUCAUGGCCUCCAGUCAGACAAGAAACUGGAACAGCCCGCCGACGAGCUCGACACUCCCGAACGUGGCAACACGAGUGGCCUCUUGAGCUUGCUUCCCAGUCGUCGGCUGCCCAAGUCCAGCAAGGUGGUGCUCAAUAGCGACCACCGUUCCAUGGCCGACGUCGCUGCCAGAGCCACAGGGCACAUGGCCGGGAUGCGUGGCCUGGACAUUAUGCGCGAGUUUUUCCAUACGAACCAGGUGCUCAUCUACAUAGCCUGUUCGUUUGCACUGACGGUUCUGGUGCUGGUCUUCACGUUGGUGACUGUGUACGGUGGCCGACGCGCUUUGAGCUCGGACCGGUCAGCGUCAAGCGCUUCGUGGAGGCGAUUUGCCGAAUCGUACCCGCUUAUAGACCGGCGUUCCUUGCUGGUCGACCAGGGCUCAGUGACGCAGAGACUGCUCGACAGCUCCGAUGAUGACGACGAGCAUGAGUAUGUAGCUGUUCUUAAAAACGAGGAGGAGGUGGACACCAGCGUGGCGCCGCCACGCGAAUUCGGUGAUCACAGAGCACGCUCUGUCGGGUACGCCCCGUCUGAGAUCAGCGAUGGGCCGUGGUCGGCGAGUUGGUCGCUACCGGGCGACCCUCCCCAAGUCAUAAUAAAGAGCAAACAAGGUGUCAAGCGGCCCAUCGAGGUGUUCCCGAGCCGACUGCUGGAUCUAUGCAACCAGGACGCGCCGCACACUUUCCUCGCUUUCCUGCCGAACGGGAGCCAGCACCGUUCCAAGUGGAUCGCCCACGGCCGCCACAGCGAAGUCUUCCAGGUGGCUUCCCUGCUCAGGCGGACCGUGCUCAAAGUGGUUCCCGUCACGGGAGACUUCACCGAGCAGCAGGUCGACACCAUCGCCUCCGCCAUUCAGUGCUGCCUCAAGCUGAGCACGUUGAAGCAUGGCACCCGCUACGGAACUCCAAACUUCAUCGAGGUUGAACGGAUCGCGUGCGUGUUCGACCAGUUCCCGGAGUGGCUUCUGCGCAGCGGCAGCAGGGGUCUCGACUCCUCGAGCGAGUCCCUGGCCGAAAGCCUCGCCUCCGAGAUGGCCGGUACGGACGGCAGCCCCGACGCAUCCGAUUUGCUCGCGGCCUUCCGCCGAUGGAAGGGCACAAAUCAAUGCUGCCUAACACUGCACUUCAUUGUGUUCGAGCUAAGUUACGCAGGAAAGCCGCUGUCGCGGAUAACGCUGCGCAGCGCGUUACAAGGGCGCAGCCUGGUGCAGCAGGCCGCGUGCUGCGUCGCCGUAGCCGAGCGCGCCCUGGGUUUCCGGCACACGAGCGUGGACGCUGACAAGCUGCUGGUGGCCGUGACCGACGCGGCCUGCCUCGAGUACCGGCUGCCGGACAGGAUGCCCAUCUCGGUCGAGAGCGCUGGUCUGAAAGCGCACUUGGCCGGCGGCCUGUCGUUCGCUGUCGAUCCAGUGCAGUUGAAUCAUCCACUGAAGUCCACUGUCGAUCAUCCACUCAAAGAAUCUGGAGUCAACGCCCUUGUCAAGCUUUGUGCUCAUUUUUGA